CAGAUUGAGCUAGUGUGUACAUUUGUUGUUGUUUUUAGAUAUACUUAGUAAAGACCUAGAAUUAUUCAACCUGACCAUGGCAAACCGAGGACCCAGUUAUGGACUGAGCCGCGAGGUGCAGGAGAAGAUCGAGCAGAAGUAUGACCCAGAGCUGGAGUCUCGACUGGUGGACUGGAUUGUCACUCAGUGUGGAGGAAAUCUAGAGAAACCCCAGCCGGGGAAGCAAAACUUUCAGAACUGGCUAGUGGAUGGCACUAUCCUCUGUAGAUUCAUUAACAGUUUGUAUCCGUGUGGAAAGGAGCCUAUAAAGAAGAUCCCAGAGACUCUGGUGGCCUUUAAGCAGAUGGAAAAGAUCUCACAGUUCCUGCAGGCAGCUGAAGCUUACGGAGUAAUAACUACAGAUAUUUUUCAGACAGUGGAUUUGUGGGAAGGAAAAGACAUGGCAGCCGUCCAGAGAACUCUAAUGGCCCUGGGUAGCGUCGCUCUCACAAAAGACGAUGGACAUUACCGAGGUAACCUGGACUGGUUUCACAGGAAAUCUCAAGGCAACCGGCGAGAGUUUUCUGAGGAGCAGUUGCGACAGGGUCAGAAUCUGAUUGGCUUACAGAUGGGCAGUAACCGUGGGGCAUCUCAGGCUGGCAUGACUGGUUACGGCAUGCAUCGGCAGAUUAUGUAAAACUAUACUAGUGCCCAGCAACUUGCCUAAAACACCCAGAAGACCUUAAACCCCCUCACCCCAGCCCUCACCGUGCAGUGUUCUUGGACGGUGCAUCUAUUCGAUGAAGAAGAGCAGUCUUAGUAACGUCAAAAACUGAAGUAUAGAGGUUUUAGGAUAACAGAGCAUGCCAGAUAUAUCUAUUUUAAGUUUGGUUUGCUCAGCUUGUGAUAAUAUCAAUUUAUUUAUUUGUAAAUGUAUGCAAAGUGAUAGUAAUUCUUAUAGUUUUAUCUAAGAAAGUCAAAACAACUGCCUUACUCUCUAUGAGUGAACAGUGUGUUGAUAUACCAAAUUACAGACAACUAUUAUUACAGACAGAAACUAUAACUAGUUUACAUAGUGUUUGAAUGUACAUUGAAGGACAAAGUUUGCCCUUCCAGAUACUGUAUUGCACCUGUUGUUAUUGCUGGGUUAUUGUGAACAGUUCCUUUGCUGUUUUAAUAGCAAAAAUUAGAAAUUAUAGGAUGUCAAUGCACAUACCUACCAGAAAGACUGUAUGCAGAUUAAUAAUAUAUUCAUUUGUUUUAUCAUUUUUGUGUGUGAAUAUUCCAUGUCCGUUUCAAAAUAAGCUUGAUUUUAGUGACCAUGUUUGAUGUAAAUGUUUAAUAAAUUGAUACCUUAA